AUGGAGUGGACAUACAUAUCCCAGACCCCCUUGGGCGGAAUAUAUCUUAUUGUAUUUCUUCUUUCGCUCAAUCUUGCUUUCGGCAUUGUGGUCAUCACGCAUCGCGCGUUAGGGUGCAAGCUAGGCGGGAUUCUCAGCCGUUUAUGGUGGAUGAGGUGUUCAGCCGUGGUGCUUUUCACGUACGAGAUGUCCCGGAUCAUGAUUGCACACUUACUCACGUUUACUUGCAGGUGGCAUGUGGCCUUCCUUGUUGGCGUCUUUGCAGACCUUUACAGCCCCAAAUACUGGAAUUUUGAUACCAUUACCCAACAAGAAACAAGAAUCUCGAAUAUAUUGUUGGUGGAAAAACUAUGUUAUCGCCAGAUGAUCAUAGGUGAAGUAUGGUUUUGGGUGUUGUGUUCUUCUUCACUACAGACAAGAAACCUUAGAGCUGCAAUGUUACGCCUUGUUCCCGCUACUAUUGGUAUUUGUCUGAGAGGUUGGGCUGAGAAGGCAGAACAACCAGAUGUGUCACCGAGUGGUAUCAUUUGGGGAUCGGCUUUUAUCAUGAUACAACUGUUUCUCGCUAUACACCUCCGGAAACCAAGUUCUAGGGACAUGCGAGAAAAUGAGGAAGAUUAUGUCUCCGCCUGUGAUUUGUACGAUAGAGCCCAGUUUCGAAGACGGAAUGAUUCAGAUCGCUGGAUACCAUCAAUUAGAUGGAAGUUGUUCAACACCAGUCAUUUGUGGCAAGGGUAG